UUGAUUAGUUGAAAUUUAUUUUAAUUUUUAUUUAAUUUGUUGUAUCAUCGUUUGUGAGUUCUUGAAAAAUAGUUGCAGUAGUGUAAAGUUAUAAAAUAGCAUUUAUUUCAAUUUUCAUCAUACAUCGUACGUCAGAGGAUCGACUGUACUAUCCUACGCUCGGAAAGGUUGACAACCAGAUGCAAAAUACCAAGGGUGAUUCGUAUCGAUAAACCAGCCUGUCUUCCGCUUAAAAAUCUACAUCAAGAAAGAAGAAAGUUGAUUCAGAUUGAAUUUGGAACAUUGUGGUAAUCGUGCGUUUUAGAACAUUUAACAACCGAAGUGAAAAAAAAGUUUUAUUGAUUGAGUGAAGUGUUCGUCCAAAUAGUUCAUUUCACCCCCUCCAUACCAGUGCCCGAAGAAACCAAGAACAAUUUCUGAGAGGAGCCUGUUGCGCUAUUAACCGGUGCGAAUAGAAUGGCCCCACCCAACAAUGAGUUUACAACAUCUGAAGUGAUUGUGCCACGUGAAGUGAUCCAGCAGGAUGAGAUUCGCGGUCAGCAGCAUCAGCAGCAGCAACAACAACAACAACCAACAAAACCGACUAUGGAUUGGGAAGCACCAGCAGCACAAGGUCUUUACGAUCCACAAAACGAGCAUGAAGCUUGCGGCGUGGGAUUCAUCGUGUCGAUCGAGGGCAAAGCCAACCAUAAGAUCUUGCGCGAUGCCCAAACGCUGUCGAUCCGGAUGAACCACCGUGGUGCUUGCGCCUGCGACAACGAUACCGGUGACGGUGCCGGUGUGUGCACCUCGAUUCCGCACAACUUGUACGCCAAGGAUCUAGCAUCCCGUGGCGUACAGCUGCCGGAACUGGGUCGCUAUGCUACCGGUAUCUUCUACCUGGACAAGAACAGCCACGAGGAGGCCAAAAAGGACUUCAACACGUUGGCGGAGAGCCUGGGAAUACAGGUGAUCUGUUGGCGCGAAGUUCCGACCAACCAGGACGCUGUCGGUGCGGUGGCGCGCAAGAGCGAACCCAUGUCGGAGCAGGUCUUCGUUACGGCCGAUGUCGACGAGGAAACGUUCAAGCGCCAGGUGUUCGUCCUGCGAAAGCGAGCAACCCACGAGUUGGUCCGCCCCGGGCGACGGUUCUACAUCUGUUCGCUGUCGAUCAAGACCAUUGUCUACAAGGGUCUGUUCACCUCGGACCAACUCUGGGAGUACUAUCUUGAUCUCAAGAAUCCGGAUUUCUUGACCUAUCUGGCAUUGGUGCACACUCGGUUCAGUACCAACACGUUUCCCUCGUGGGAACGUGCCCAUCCACUGCGUGUCUUGGCGCACAAUGGAGAAAUCAACACCCUUCGCGGAAAUGUUAACUUCAUGAAGGCUCGCGAAGGUGUCAUGAAGAGCGAGCAGUACGGUGAAGAGUUGAAGAAGUUGUAUCCAGUGGUGGAGCCCAAUCUGUCUGAUUCGGGUUCGUGCGACUGUGUGCUGGAGUUCUUGACUCAAGUCGGCAAUCGAUCGCUUCCUGAGGCCGUGAUGACCAUGGUACCGGAAGCGUGGCAGAACGAUCGCACCAUGUCGCAGGAGAAGCGUGACUUCUACCACUGGUCCGCUUGCGUUAUGGAACCAUGGGACGGCCCGGCCCUGAUUUCCUUCACCGAUGGACGCUACAUCGGAGCGAUUCUUGAUCGGAACGGUCUACGCCCGUCGCGGUUCUACGUGACGCGCGACAACCUGCUGAUCAUGGCUUCGGAAGUUGGUGUUUAUGACGUCGAUCCUAAAGAUGUCACCCUCAAGAGUCGUCUCAAGCCAGGCCGUAUGCUUUUGGUGGACACGGAGAAGAAAGCGCUGAUUCAGGAUGUGGAGCUGAAGUCGCAGAUUGCCAGGUCCCGGCCGCACUCGGAAUGGUUGCAGCAGCAGAUCACGAUGGAUGAAAUCCGCCAAGCAUCUGCGGAUCAAAACGGUUGCACCCAGCUGAGUGCCUACCGGCUCUCGGUGGAGCAACGUGGCAUGAUGGAUCCACGGUUGCAGCUGUACGGAUACACCACCGAAACCAUCCACAUGCUGCUGCUGCCCAUGAUCAAGAACAAGAAGGAAGCCCUCGGUUCCAUGGGUAACGAUGCCCCGCUGGCAUGCCUUUCUGCAUUCCAACCGCUGCCAUACGAAUACUUCAAGCAACUGUUCGCCCAGGUUACCAACCCUCCGAUUGAUCCGUUCCGCGAGAAGAUCAUCAUGUCCUUGCAGUGCCCGGUUGGCCCGGAAGCCAACUUGCUGCAGGCCAACCCCUUGCAGGUGCACCGAAUCUGGUUGGACAACCCGAUCUUGAGCAUCCCGGAUACGGAGACCCUCAAGCGAAACGUGCACCGCGGAUGGAAGACCAAGGUAAUCGAUAUCACAUUCCUGGCUCGUGAGGGUCCCGAUGGUUAUCUGAACGCGCUGCGCCGUAUUUGCUCCGAGGCACAAAACGCGGCCAAGGGUGGAUACCAGCUACUCAUGUUGUCGGAUCGUGCUUCGUCCAAGGAACGUGCUCCGGUUUCGGCCUUACUUUCUCUGGGUGCCGUACAUCAUCAUCUCAUUGAAACGCGUCAACGUAUGAAGGUUGGUCUGGUGGUUGAAACGGCCGAAGCUCGUGAAGUGCAUCAGAUGUGUGUGCUGUUGGGUUACGGUGCCGAUGCUAUUUGUCCUUAUCUGGUAUUUGAACUGGCGGAAGCGUUGCGUGAUGAAACUGUGAUCGAUCCAACUUUGACUGACGAUGCGAUCUACAAGGCGUAUGCCCAAGCUGUUGAAACUGGUAUUCUUAAGGUUAUGGCCAAGAUGGGAAUUUCAACGCUGCAGUCCUACAAGGGAGCUCAGAUCUUCGAAGCCGUCGGUUUGGGUUCGGAUGUGAUCGAUUUCUGUUUCCGUGGAACACAGUCCCGUAUUGGUGGUGUUAGUUUGGAAGUUCUGGCGCAAGAAGGUCUUCAGCGACAUGAGCUGGUGUACGGAAAUCAUGCUGUUGAUAUGAAAAUCUUGCGCAACCCUGGACAGUAUCAUUGGAGAGCUGGCGGUGAAGGCCACAUCAACGAACCUGCUGCAAUUGCGGCUCUACAAGAAGCUUCCAUCAAUGAGAACAAGGGAGCUUACGCCCGUUUCCGUGACACAACCAUGAAGAGUGUGCAGCAGUGCGCCUUGCGUGGACAGUUGGAGUUCAUCAAAGGACGGCCGAAGAUCGACAUUUCUGAGGUUGAGCCCGCUAGUGAAAUCGUGAAGCGCUUUGCCACAGGAGCUAUGAGUUUCGGAAGUAUUUCCCUGGAAGCACAUUCCACCCUAGCCAUAACCAUGAACCGGAUCGGUGGAAAGAGCAACACUGGUGAGGGUGGCGAAAAUGCCGAUCGAUACCUGAAUCAAGAUCCCCAGAACAACAAGCGUUCAGCCAUUAAGCAGGUUGCUUCGGGUCGAUUUGGAGUAACUGCUGCCUACGUUGCAAAUGCCGACGAUCUGCAGAUCAAGAUGGCUCAAGGCGCUAAGCCUGGCGAGGGCGGAGAACUACCUGGAUACAAGGUAUCGACGGAUAUUGCUAAGACGCGACAUUCCGUGGCUGGAGUGGGUCUUAUCUCGCCUCCACCGCAUCACGAUAUCUACUCUAUUGAGGAUCUCGCCGAGUUGAUCUACGAUUUGAAGUGUGCCAAUCCGAAAGCUCGCAUCAGCGUCAAGCUCGUGUCGGAAGUUGGUGUUGGCGUGGUGGCGUCUGGAGUUGCCAAGGGCAAGGCCGAACAUAUCGUCAUUUCUGGUCAUGACGGAGGAACUGGCGCUAGCUCUUGGACCGGCAUCAAGUCGGCUGGAUUACCGUGGGAACUGGGUAUUGCUGAGACUCACCAGGUCUUGGUGUUGAACGAUCUGCGAUCAAGGGUUGUGGUCCAAGCCGACGGACAACUGCGAACUGGUUUCGACGUAGUCGUGGCCGCCAUUCUCGGUGCCGACGAGUUCGGAUUCAGCACGGCUCCACUGAUUGUGAUGGGUUGCACUAUGAUGCGCAAGUGCCAUUUGAAUACCUGUCCGGUCGGUAUUGCCACGCAGGAUCCAGUGCUGCGUGAAAAGUUUGCCGGAAAACCGGAACAUGUGGUUAACUAUUUCUUCAUGUUGGCCGAAGAGAUCCGGGAAAUUAUGGCAGGUUUGGGUCUGCGCAAGUUCCAAGACUUAAUUGGCCGUACCGAUUUGUUGCAAGUGCGUGAAGACCUGACCAACAAGGCGGCCCUCCUGGAUCUGCAGAUGCUGCUCAAGAAUGCUUUGGAUCUUCGUCCGGGAACGAACAUCAUCGGAGGUUCUCUGAAGCAGGACUUUACGCUGGAGAAACGAGCCGAUAACAUGUUGAUUGAGAAGUGCCGUGGAGUUAUCGACGGAACUCAGCAAUCGAUUACGAUGGAUAUGGAUAUUAAGAACGAAGAGCGGGCGUUCACCAGCACCUUGAGCUAUGAAAUUGCCAUCAAGUAUGGGGAUGAAGGUCUACCAAACGGAAGAUCGAUCCACAUUAAUCUGAAGGGAUCUGCUGGUCAAAGCUUCGGUGCAUUCCUAGUCAAGGGUGUAACCCUGAACCUGAUCGGUGAUUCGAACGAUUAUGUCGGCAAAAGCUUGUCUGGUGGUACCAUCAUUAUCCGACCACCGGAGGAAUCACCGUUUGAGUCGCACUUGAAUGUUAUCGUCGGAAACGUGUGUCUGUAUGGUGCCACGUCCGGUAAGGCAUUCUUCCGAGGUAUUGCUGCCGAACGAUUCUGCGUUCGUAAUUCAGGAGUUACGGCCGUCGUUGAAGGAGUUGGUGAUCACGGUUGCGAAUACAUGACUGGUGGAAUGGUUUUGAUUUUGGGAUUGACCGGAAGAAACUUUGCUGCCGGUAUGUCAGGAGGAAUAGCGUACGUUUUGGAUGUUGAUGGCUCGUUCCGCUCCAAGGUCAAUCCCGGUAUGGUGGAAUUGCUGGGAUUGGACACAGAUGAAGACCGUGAAACUGUUAAGACAUUGAUGGAGGAGUUUGUUGAAAAGACUGGAUCGGUAGUUGCCAAAGAUUUACUGACAAGGUGGCCAGAGUCAUGCAACCGAUUUGUGAAGGUAUUCCCAUACGAAUACCAGAAGGUGUUGAAGGCGUUGAAGGAGAAGAAAGCUCUUCAGCAGACUAUCAAGCCAAUUAUGAAUGGAACGCCGAGGCAUGAACCAAAGGUUAAGGAUAUUGAAGAAUCAAUUCAAGAUGCUGCUCUGGCCAAGAAGAAGCUGGAUCAAGUACUAGAUAAGACGCGUGGUUUCAUUAAGUACAAGCGUGAAACAUCUGUUUACCGUAAUGCAGUGGAACGUCAGCAGGAUUGGGCUGAGGUAUACAACUUCCCACAUGUCCGUAAGAAUCUAAAAGUGCAGGCAGCUCGUUGCAUGGAGUGUGGAGUUCCGUUCUGUCAGUCCAACUCUCAUGGUUGUCCUUUGGGCAAUAUCAUUCCCAAAUGGAACGAUCUGGUAUUCAACGGCAGUUGGAAAGAAGCAAUCGCUCAGCUCCUGCAAACAAACAACUUCCCGGAAUUUACGGGACGUGUAUGCCCAGCUCCUUGCGAAGGAGCAUGCGUCUUGGGUAUUUCUGAGCCGGCGGUUACAAUCAAAAAUAUUGAAUGUACCAUCAUUGAUCACGCAUUUGAGCAGGGCUGGAUCGUCCCUCAGAUUCCAGUUGAACGAACCGGCAAACGAGUUGCUGUUAUUGGUUCCGGUCCAGCUGGUCUGGCCGCGGCCCAGCAAUUGAACAAGGCCGGUCACUUGGUUACCGUUUAUGAGAGGAACGAUCGCCCAGGAGGUCUCCUGCAGUACGGCAUUCCAACAAUGAAACUCUCCAAGGAAGUUGUCAAGCGUCGUAUCGAUCUGAUGAAAGCCGAAGGUAUCGAGUUCAAGUGCAACGUUCACAUCGGAAAGGAUAUUAUGCCGUCGCAGCUGGAACAGGAAAACGAUGCAGUCCUAUUUUCCACCGGUGCCACCUGGCCACGUGACCUGAAUCUGCCGAACCGUGACCUGAAAGGUAUCUACUUCGCGAUGGAGUUCCUCGAGGCUAGUCAGAAGAAGUUGCUCGGAUCACGUCCGGAUUGGAUUUCGGCCGAAGGCAAGGAUGUUCUAGUCAUCGGAGGUGGCGAUACGGGAUGCGAUUGUAUUGCGACAUCGCUGCGCCAGGGUGCCAAGUCGAUUACCACGUUCGAGAUUCUGCCAACUCCGCCGGAGAAGCGAGCCCAGGAUAACCCGUGGCCACAGUGGCCGAAGAUCUUCCGAGUUGACUACGGUCACGAAGAAGUACGAGUCAAGUGGGGCAAUGAUCCUCGCCAAUACAGUACUACCACGAAGGAAUUCGUAAGCGACGGCAAUGGAAACAUCAAGGGAGUCAACACGGUACAGGUCGAAUGGACGCAGAGUCCAACCGGUCAAUGGAGCAUGAAGGAAGUCGCUGGAACCGAGAAAUACUACCCUGCGGAUCUGAUCCUGCUGGCCAUGGGCUUCUUGGGACCGGAGAAGUUGGCUCCUACUGAGAUGAAACUUGAAUUGGACGGCAGAGGUAACAUCAAGACUCCUGUUGGCACAUAUGGAACGGCCAAUCCCAAAGUAUUCGCCGCCGGUGACUGCCGUCGAGGACAAUCGUUGGUGGUCUGGGCCAUCACCGAGGGACGACAGGCAGCCCGUCAAAUCGAUAGCUAUCUAAUCGGCAAGCCGAGUUCGUUGCCAGGACCUGGUGGAGUCAUUGAUCUACGAUCACCCUAAAUCCCUUGAACGAUCUACGUGACGAAAUACACACACUGAUGUUUAGUAAGAUUUUGGCUAACAGUUGCCAACUUCAAUGAAGCCAUUUGUAACAAUAGGUCCAGUACUGUUAGUUCCAGAUGAGGCAUUCAACAUUCAAACCGACAGAAACAGUGACAGGUUUUACAGAUAUAGAGCGAUCUUGAACGUUUGAUACGUCCAGAACGGUUCACAAUGAACCCUAAACAGAUUGAAAAUCUAGUGAUUCUCAUGUAUUUCUGCUAUUAUUUUUUACCGUACGAAGUUUCAUCAUUUCAAGCAUUAUUCAACUAUUUACUCUAAACCAUCCUUAGUUAGUAAUUUAGUUUUAUGAUACUUUAUAAACUCUAUUGUAUUAUUGUUAGCUACUGAACAACUGCUUAGUAACGGUCAAUAAAAGCUUUUUUAUUUUUAUUUUUGUAACCACAAAACCAAAUGUUUAAAAUCAUUGCCUAACUUAGGACACCAUUUUCGGUUCACACUGUGAUGAUGUAGCUUCUCUUAGUGUUUAGCAAUGUUGCCAACUGUAAAGUGACAACCAAAAACCAGAAGAUGCAACGUAUCUGUGUUAUUAUUGUCAUUUUUACGAAAACAUAAAAUUUAAGAUUCUUAAUCAUGUUGAUUAGUUCGCUUUUUGAGUUUUAUUAUCGGAAAUAUAUCUACUGUUUCUUGCUUUGGCUUGUA